AUGUCAGAACCUUCAAAGGAAAAAAAUGGAAAGAUUGAAAUCGCCAUUAUUGGUGCCGGUAUUAUAGGUUGUUGUACCGCUUAUUAUCUAACAAGACAUCCUAAAUUUUCUCCAGAGAAAUAUCAUAUUACUAUUUAUGAAAGUAAUGAAGUUGCAUGUGCUGCUUCAGGGAAAGCUGGUGGGUUAUUAGCGAACUGGGCAUUUCCUUCACAAUUAGGUGCUUUAAGUUUUGAUAUGCAUAAAGAAUUGGCUGAAAAAUAUGAUGGUGGGAAAAAUUGGGAUUAUAGAGUCUUAGAUACUAUAUCCCUGGAAGCAGAUAUCAGAGAUGAUGUUAUUACUAAAAAAUUAUCGAUGAUAUCAUCUAAUGAAAAGGAGAAAGAAAUAAAUGAGAAUUCAGAACAUAUGAAUCCAAAUACAAAGAAACAUUUAAAGGAUAUGUUAGGUGGAUAUUCUAAUGCAAGUUUAAAUUCUUUAACCAGUGCAGAAACAAAUAAUUCAGAUAUGUUAAGUUCGAUAAGAGAUAAAUUGAAAAUUUCAGAUACUCAAAGUGAUGAUACAUUUGAUGAUAGUGAUAAUGAAAAUGAUGAUGAACAAGAUACUGAAAGUAAAAAUCCGUUACCUGAAAAAUUAGAUUGGAUUCAAAGAGACCUUGUGGAUGAUUGGUCUACAAUUGGUGAUAUUAAAUCAACUGCACAGAUGCAUCCUUCUAAAUUUACUAAAUUCAUGUUAAAAAAAGCUAUGGAAGUUGGUGUAGUGGAUUUAAUAUAUGCAAAAGUAACUGGAUUAACAUUCGAUGAAGAUACUAAGAAAAUGGUUGGUUUAUCAUUUUUACCAGAUAAAAUUAAAAAUAAGAAGAGUCCGAAGGAUAUUUUAUCGUCAUGUAAAGUUGAAGAAACAAAUGAAGAUGGCGAAUUACAAACAUAUGAUAUUGAUAAUAUUAUUGUAGCAAUGGGACCAUGGACCUCUAAAUUAUUAGCAGAUUGUCCAAUUUCUGGUCUAAGAGCACAUUCGAUUACUGUAAUGCCAGAAGAUAUGUCAAAAAUUUCAGCUUUUGCAAUGUUUACAGAAUUAAAAGUAGCAGAUUCGGAAUAUUUUUCACCUGAAAUAUAUGCAAGAAGAGAUGAAAUUUAUGUUUGUGGUGAAGGAGAUACAUUAUUAGAUUUACCUGAUCCAACAAAGGAUUCUCCAAUUGAUGAAGGGAAAUGUGAAGAAUUAUUUAAAUUUGCAGGGAAGUUAUCUAAUAGUAUUGCUAAAGGUCAUACUUUAUUAAAACAGGCUUGUUAUUUACCUGUAUUGAACGUUCCAACCAGUUCGGGUCCUUUGCUUGGUCAAACUAAUGUUGAUAAUCUAUAUUUGGCAAGUGGACAUUCCUGUUGGGGUAUUAAUAAUUCGGUCAUUAGUGGUAAAAUCAUGUCUGAAGUGAUACUUGAUGGUGUUGCAGCCAGUGCACCAAUCGAUAAAUUAGAACCAAAGAUUUUCUUUGAUGCUAGUCAAUUGUCUUCACCAUAG